CACUUCAAACUCCUGCCUGCACUUCUCAGAGAGCUACUCCUCCUCCUGAAGCAGAGACGAGCAGUGUUCCUCCGCAGACUGUCCGGUCCGCAAACGGCUAAGUAAAAGUCCCCACACACCGCGAUGGGGACCAGCUGAACCGCACGCGAGGGGGGUAGAAGAGGUCGGUCGUGCAGUUUCCCCGUGUAGUAGUAGUGAGCGUCCUGGAGGAGGAGGGGGACACAGACACACACACAAGCGCGCGCGACGUUCGUGUCCUAUCGUAGACGUUAACGGCCAACGGUCGGAGCUAAUCACCUGAAUACCUGCGGCGUUUCGCACCGACGCCUGCGCUUACACCGAGAGAGGCUGAGGAGGGGGUGGGACGGGGCAGGAGAAAGUUUCUCGAGCUUGGCGCAAACACAGCGGUCAAACAAUGCGGCUGACCCCGACAAAGUCCUUUUCGUCGGCAGCGCUGCUAAUCCUGCUGCUCGUCCGCUGGUCCGACAGCAUCUCACUGUCCCCUCAAGAGGCGAACCAGUUUCUGAGCAGACACAGGAGGGCGAAUCAAGUCUUCGAGGAGACGAAGCAAGGACACUUGGAGAGGGAGUGCGUGGAGGAAAAGUGCAGCAAGGAGGAGGCCAGAGAAGUGUUUGAAAACGACCCGGAGACGAACUACUUUUAUCCCAAGUAUUUAGCCUGCCUGGACAGGUUUGGAGAUUCUGAAAAGAAAAAACAGGAUCUGGUCACAUGUGUCCACAAUAUUCCCAAUCAGUGUUCUCCCAAUCCCUGCAAUCCCAGCGGUACCGUCCGCUGCGAGGACAAAAAGGGCGACUUCCUCUGUCAUUGUUUUACGGGCUGGACGGGAGCCACAUGUGAGAAAGAUGUCGAUGAGUGCAGCAGGAGAAAUGGAGGAUGUGACCACGAGUGCAACAAUACUGUGGGCAGUUACCACUGCUCCUGUCGCCAAGGCUACACACUGUCAGGACGUCAGCUGUGUAAUGAUCUGAACGAGUGCGAGAUCGCGGGUGUGUGUGGAACGGCACGAUGUGAGAAUAAGGAGGGUGGCUACGACUGCUUGUGUGACAUCGGCUAUGUUUACGACAAUGAAACCAAAAGCUGCGUCGAUGUGGAUGAGUGUGAGACGGGUGUCUGUGAAGAGGAGUGUUUGAACACUCAGGGGAGUUUCCACUGCUUCUGCGACGGACGCCAGGGUAUGAAGCUGGCGCAGGACCUUCGGAGCUGUAAGCCUAUAACUCCCUGCACGACACCGGCCCUGAAGAGGAACCCCCGCUCUCUUUACCUGGGACGCAUGUUCAGCGGUGUUCCAGUGGUGCGGCUGCGUUUUCGCCGCAGGGUUCACACAGGCUUUUCAGCAGAGUUUGACUUCCGCACCUACGAUAACGAGGGAGUGAUCUUCUUUGCUGGAGGUCACCUUAACAGCUCCUGGAUCGUGCUGGCGAUGAACCAGGGGAAGCUGGAGCUGCAGCUGAAAUAUGGCGGCGUUAGCAGGGUCACCAGCAGCGGACCUAUUGUCAGCGAUGGCCAGUGGAGGAAGAUCUCGGUGGAGGAGCAGGGGCGGAGCCUAGUGAUUAAGAUUGACAGGGAAGCAGUGAUGAAGAUUGCAGUAAACGGGGACCUGUUCACACUGAAAAAGGGGAUGCAUGAGCUCAACCUCACUGUGGGGGGAGUGCCUUUCAAAGAGGACAGCCUGGUCAAUAAGGUGAACCCUCGUCUUGAUGGUUGUAUGAAGGAGUGGCGCUGGCUAACGGGUGAAGACACCUCCAUACAAGAAACCAUCAGGUCUAAUGAUAACAUGCAGUGUUUCAGCACUGAGGAUCCGGGGGCAUAUUACCCCGGCACAGGCUUUGCUCUCUUCAACAUCACCUAUGAAUCACAGAACCUGAGCGUCCACUUGACCCUGAAUCCAACCACUGCUAUCGGGGUGCUUUUUGCACUGGUUCACCAGGACAGAGUGCCUCUCUCCAUUGCUCUGGCUGAUUAUAACCCUGUAACCGAUGAGUGGCGAGAUUUUGUUCUGGUGUCUGUAGGUAAUGUCGUCAUUGCCAGCUCUCCUGCACCCUUCUGUGAUGGUAUGAGUCAUGAAGUCCAGGUGACUGUCUCUGGUAACCAGACCCUUCUGCUGGUCGAUGGCCAUUCUGGACGAAGUGAAGAUGCUGAAGUUCCCACCGGCCUCCUGUCACAGUCUACUACCUUUAUAGGAGGCCUCCCUGAUGUUCCUCUGGUGUCCACGCUGGUGUCGACACCCUACAGCGGCUGUAUGGAGGUCAGUGUAAACGGACAGCCUCUGGACCUGGACCGGGCCAUCCACAAACAUAACGACAUCCGCUCGCACUCCUGCCCCCUGCUGGACUCCCACCAGUGAACGGCGCUUGAAUCUGCCAAAACCGAUCCAUAAGCAGUUCAUUGAGACAAGGGGGGUGAUGGGAAAAAUGUUUUUAAUUGGAAUAUGUCACAGUGUGGCUCGAGCCCAAGAUCACCCCUUCCCCUCCAUCCUCUCCCUCCCCAGCCUUAUCCUGUGAUGACACUGCUGCCUAGAAGCAGUGGCAGGGAUUUUCACAGCAGUCUCAGUGUUAUGACCCAGCAAGUUAGUUCUUCUGCCAGUGAGUAACACCCCCUGUACAAAGGGAAUAAUAGCUGCACAGCAUUGCCUGAAAACUGGCUGUGUUUUAAAGCCUCGUAAGCUCACAAGAACACGCAGGGUCUAAUCCAAAAUCAAUGCUACGGGUUUGGUCCUGGGUCAGCCUUCUACGCCUGGUAUCCUGUGCUUAAACGCAGAUCUAACUGGAGGUUUGUAAGCAACGACUAGUCUGUGCUCGUGUUGCUUACAUCCAGCUCACUUAAGGUCCACGUUCACAAAGCUUGAAUUAAUCGAGUGCUAAUGUAGAAUCUCCAAUUAAAUGAAAAUGUAAGAAUUAAAAACACGGGGACCAGAAAGACAGUCCUACAUCAGCUACUUCACUCAGAGAAAAUGUGUGGACAGGUGCUCAGAUCUUCAAUGAAUAAAUCCCAUUUGCCCUUAACCCCCCCCUUGCCGCAGCGAGGCAGUAUGAACUUUGCGUUCUAUAGAAAAUAUUGCACAUCGUUGCAGGUAUAAAUGGACUGCCUUCUUGAAUCCCCCCCCCCCGCUCUCAAUUGGAGGAGCACUCCAUAUCUGCCUGCAACUUCGAAAAUCAACCGUGUGCCUACAAAAGAACAAACCAACCCACACUUGUCGACAGCUUCCCUCUAAACAGGUGAAUCAGUUCCCAAAGGUGCAGCACUGCAACCCAGCAAACUAACCGACGCUUUGCAGUGUGUGCCCCUGAGGAUUUUCUCUUUUAAAGAACAGACUCGCACUCAUGUUCAUCACAAAAAGGUCCCUUCUUUUCCCAAAAAUCACCCAGUCACAGUUAAAGCCUGCCAUAUACCAACCCGAGGACAGUAGAUUAGACACAGAAGCACAGGGAGACAGGAAGGGGCCUUCUCCACAAGGGAGAGAGAGCACUGCAUUGAUCGCACCACACAAGCUACUGAGAAAGGAAAAGAGGGCGCUGUAAUAUACUGAAUAUGUAAAUAAUGUGAUUGUACAAUGCUUUAUAGAAGACAGAGCAAACACUACCUUAAAAUCCCCCCUUGAGGCACAUUUAUGGUCCAAAGUUCAAAGAAAGAUCAGAGUCUCUCAACUUCAUCUGCUUCUUUAAAAAAAAAAAAAAAGGUUUCAGCGACAAAUCAUGGUGGAACUGGGAGACUGUGAGAGCAAUACCCAGGCAUCAAGCUUUAGAGACUCAGUUUUUAAUUUGAUUUAUAGGUGCUCAGCGAAUCAAAACACAGUAACAACAAAGAAUGUCAGAGGAGCGAAUGCCUAAAGGGCUCCAGUGUUAUUUUACAUCCCUGUGUAAGGUAUCAUUUUCUAGUUUUCUGAUGGAUGAAUGCCAGAAUAUAGAGCUUGACCUGUUAAUGUCUUAUUUUAUUUUUUAAUCAUAUGUGAUGUAUCUUGAACUUCUAGUUUUUAUUUUUCACCUUAACUGCCAGUAUGUGUAUGAUGCUGAGAGAAGUCUGCCUUUUUGAGUUUUAACUUCCCUCAGCAGUGAAAAUCCUAUUUAAAAAAAAAUAAAAAAUAAAAGCAGCUGUAUGAA